AUGAUCCAUGCCGUCUUUAGCAGAUCGACACCCUCACCAUCGCUCCCCUGGCUGCGAUAUAACUUCUACAAGGCCACUAGCCUUAGCGAUAACGCUACGCGCUUCAAGGCGGAGCUACUGCACCCGAUCGAAGAGUUCCAGGCUCUCGUAACAAAUGAAUACACUUUGUUAUUCAAAGACGCGUUUCCUCAUCGGGUCAACGAGGCUGCUGGACUUCCAGAGCCACAGCGCGCACGAGCCCGCGAAGGAGUAACCCGGCUCCUUCGGAAGCUGGACACGCUGAACGGGAAUAUCACCACGUGGGCCUACCAGAAUGCCAUGGUUGACCUCCGGCAGGUAGACACCCGCGAGAACAUAUUGAUGCAAGGCGAGGCGAUCUGGGCUCGUCGUUUCAGGAGCAUUAAGGAGGAUAUCGACGCCCUGCUGGAACAAUUUUCAUACCAUGGACAUCCUCUCCAAUACGUGGGGAGUCUGAGUCACGGCAUUCGAGGACGUCAUAAGGGCAAAUCUGCCAUCAACAUGGACGAUUUCGAUGUUGAUCUCUUUGUGGCACAUGCUGAGUGGCGCGCACACCUGCCAUUGAUACGAGAACAAUUCCCGGAGAAUUUCAGCAAUGGGAAAAUACACCCAUUAGGAACGCAUAUGCAUGAGUUACAGAACCUCAGCUACGCGGUAGGCCAUGCGUUGGCUGCGAAUCUUACAGGCAGAAGGCCUGCAGAAACUGCAACUUCCCAUCUCGAGGAAGAAACGACCCUCUCGCCAGGGACGAUCUCCAGCUCAGAUGAGUAUGCAGCAAACCCGCGAUUCUUGCAGCUCCAGGAAGAACUGCGCGAUGUACUUUUCACAGCAGUGGCCAGUCAUGCUCCCACGAGGCAUCAAUCACCGAGACCAUCGGAUCCGAUCGAGGACUCUGCGUCAGGGCUGUUGAGGAACAGUCUGGAUUUCGCACAGGUCUCGAUCCCCAAGGUCAGACUGAUCCACUACCUGAAAAACUGGAUCAUCGAGUGCGCUCCUCAUCUGGACAAGUUUGAUGAACAAAGCCAUUUCGGUGUGCAUAUCCCCGUCCUCGCUCAGAGCUCCCCUGCUUUGUUUUACGCCAUCUUGGCCUUUUCGGCUCGGCAGACUGAGCGCAAGGCUUGCCUGGACAAGUCGUAUGAUAGUCUGGAGCUCUAUCAACAGUCCAUUCGGCUGCUGAGUCCGUAUCUUCAAGCAAAAGACCCUAAUGUGCUCGUAACGGUCUGUAUCCUGGGGUGUCUGGAGUUGAUGUCAGUCAGCCCUAGAGACUGGAGACGGCAUGUCGAGGGCUGCGCGGCUCUCUUCGACGCAUAUAAUGUCAACGGUUUCUCUGGUGGCCAUCUUCAGGCCGUCUUUUGGUGCUAUGCGCGAAUGGAACUGUGUGGAGCGAUUAUUUCAGAAGGAACCGAAGGCACUAUCCUUCCACUCCACAAAUGGGUCCCUCCGCAGGCGGCCGAUUCUGAAGAAGAGCGAGACAUCAUGAUCAAGAACCUGUUUUGCCAGGACGGCUGUUCGAAUCCUGACAGGCAUGCGAACUGGGCAGUGUAUCUCUGCGCGAAGACGUGCAAUCUGGCAUGCCGGCGAUCACGGUUCCUGGAACUGGGCGAGUUGGAUCAGAACGACACGAGGCCGUUCUCCGAACAAUGGAGACAACUCUGGGAAGAGCUGCAAUUUUGGAACGACCACCGGUGUCCGGCCAUGCUCCCGAUCAGGACCACGAUUACUGGCGGCGAUCAGAUCUUCCCUGAGAUCCUCUUUGCACACUGGGCAGCAAUCUCCGGCAACCAGCUCUAUCACACGGCCUGCAUCAUGAUGCUACAGAUGAAACCGGCAAACAUUUCGCUUGUUUCUCCAAGCCCGCACUCUUCCCCUGUUUGGCAUGCUCGGAGGGUUUGUGGAAUCUCAUUGACGAACCCUCACAGUGGCAAUCUCAUCAACGCGAUCCAGCCACUCUAUAUCGCAGGAAAGCUCUUGAGCCAUCGAAGCGAGCAUCUCGAGGUCGCCAGAUUAUUCAAGAAGAUUGAAACCAGCACCGGAUGGGGUGCCUUGUGGAGACUGAGGGACCUUGAGCGGGCAUGGGGAUACGAGACAGGUGAGAUUCUAUCUGCUAUAUGA